UCCGGUGCGGACCUCGGAGAGCCUGGCCGCCAGCCCGCGAGCCAGUCUCGGUCCCCGCGGCCCGCCGAGGCUCAGAGCCAUCCAGCGACCCGGCGAGCGGCCUCAGGCCCUGCCAUGGGGAAGACCAACAGCAAGCUGGCCCCGGAGGUGCUGGAGGACCUGGUUCAGAACACCGAGUUCAGCGAGCAGGAGCUGAAGCAGUGGUACAAGGGUUUCCUGAAGGACUGCCCCAGCGGCAUCCUCAACCUGGAGGAAUUCCAGCAGCUCUACAUCAAGUUCUUUCCCUACGGCGACGCCUCCAAGUUUGCGCAGCACGCUUUCCGCACCUUCGACAAGAACGGCGACGGCACCAUCGACUUCCGGGAGUUCAUCUGUGCCCUUUCGGUCACCUCCCGCGGCAGCUUCGAGCAGAAACUCAACUGGGCCUUUGAGAUGUACGACCUGGACGGCGACGGGCGCAUCACGCGCCUGGAGAUGCUGGAGAUCAUCGAGGCUAUCUACAAGAUGGUGGGCACUGUGAUCAUGAUGCGCAUGAACCAGGAUGGGCUCACGCCCCAGCAGCGUGUGGACAAGAUCUUCAAGAAGAUGGACCAGGAUAAGGACGACCAGAUUACGCUGGAGGAGUUCAAGGAGGCGGCCAAGAGUGACCCAUCCAUUGUGCUGCUACUGCAGUGUGACAUGCAGAAGUAGAGGCUGGUGAGGGGCAGGGCCCCUGGCCAGGAGGGGCGUGGCCACCUCCCAACCUGAUGACCUCUCAGGGGGA